AUGGCGCCCCCCGCACCCCACUUACUUGAGCUGGUGGUGGUCCUGGGCAGCCUGGUGGGGCGGUGCCAAGGAGUGCCCAGUGGGCCUACAGCAGGCUGCCCCACCCCCUGCACCUCCAUUGGAGGCAGGCGCAGGCUCCAAUGGAGGUGGGGUGGUGCAGCCCGGCAGCAGUUUGCUGCAGGCCCGCUGGGCGCUCCUCAACUCAAGGGGCACCCAGCGGGCCUGUGGAAGGCUGCUGCCCCUCCCCCGCCCCCUAUUGGAGGCCGCACUUCCUGGCUUAGUUCUCUCCGCCCGGACGUGGAGGUGAGGAAGGGCAGCGUGAGAAGGAGCCAAGGGCGCCGGGCGAGAGCUGGGGCUGAGCCACUGCAGAGACCAGAGAGUGACGCAUCCCCGCCCCCCCAAGCCGACUUACUGUUCCCGGCGCUCCAUUGGGGCGGGGGUGUCCCAGGUAGCCCCCUCCCCUGGCCUGGCACCCCCGGGGGCCCGGCGGCUCCCCUCCCCUCCCUUCCCCUCCGGCUGCUGCAAUGCAUCAAGUCUGGCGGCGCCCUCCCCCCUCCGCCUGGCGCACGCUUCGCUCCCUUCCCCGCCGCCCUCUCCGCCAAGCCCGGCUCUGCCGCAGCGGUGCGCGCCGCCAGAGGGGUGGGGGGGAAGCCGGCCGAGGCCACGACCACAGGGGCCGGGCGCAGCAGCAUCCCCGGCCCGGGCAGGGGGCCCCUCGGAGCCUCGCCCUCCGCCCUGCAGCCCCCCGCCUCCUCCGGGAGCCGGCAAAGCUCGCUCCGUCCCAAGCGCAGCCCGGAUCGCACCCUCCCGCGUCCCGGGCGGGCGCUUCCCCGCGGGGGCGCCGGGCUCCUCCUCGCGCGCUUUGCCAAUCGGCUUUUUGCUGACGGUGAAGCCGAGCCCACGAGACCUCCCGGGGACGGCGCCGGGCCCUUGGGGGGACGCGCGGCGCGCCGCUUGGCCCCGGGUCCCAGUGGCGGGUCGUUCCGCGGGACCCGGACGCCGGGAGAAGGGCGCCCGCGCCCCAGUUCGCCCCGCUCUCUCCGGGCCCACCCCAACUUUUAUGGAGCCUCCCGCCGGCCGCCUCUCCUGCUUCUCCGCGCUCUCUCCGUCCCAGCGCCGCAGCGGGGCGAACGGGCCUCCGGCCGCGGGCCCCGGAGCGCCACCUGCCGCCGCAGGUCGCCCCCGGGCCGGGAGGGAUCCGCUCUCCGAGGCAGGGCCGGCCGCAUCCGGCUGGGACAUUCCAAGGCGCCCGGGACUGGCGCUAUAAAUACCCUCCCUGGCAGCUUCUUCCCCGGGAUCGUCUGUCUGCUGACCGCAGGAGGGGGGGGGGGCACCGCCGAGGGGACAGAGGAUCGUGAGCAGCGGGGCUUCGCCAGGCCGGAGAGGGGCGCGCACCCUUGA